GGAUGGCUUUUGGGCGCGAGAGCGGCGCUUUCGGGCGCGAGGCGAGCAUGGUGGCGCGCGAGGCAAGCGCGGUCCCCGUCGGGCGCGAGCCGAGCGCGGGCGCCGGGCACGAGCCGACCGCCGCGGCCUCGGCGGACGACGCCGCGGAGGGGGAGCGGCAGCGCUCGGCGGCACAGGACUCCUCGCCUUCAUGCGGCAGUACGAGCGCGCGGCCCCCGCCCAGGUGAGCUUGGAGCUGGACUGGGAUUCGAUGCUGAGGCUGCUCGGCCGCCUGGAGGCCGCGGUGACCUCCGACGCGGACCGGUGGCUGCACUGGGCGAGCCGCGUGGAGGCGGGAGUCCUGCGCGUGGAGCGCGUGUACGGCCAGGACGCGGGCGACGUAGAGGCGGAGGACGGCGACUGGUGCCCCUCCGGGGGGGCCUGGCCGCUGCUGCGCUCCCUGCCGGAAGACAUGCGGGCGGCGCUGCUGCCUUCCGCGGCCCGGCGCCAGGGCAGCGCCGGCCCGCAGCUGGGCUGGGCGCUGUCGCUGCUGGAGGUGCUCCUCCUCUCCUGCGUGCUGAUGGGCCACAGCCUGGCCGCGCUGCUCGGCGGCCUGGAGGCGGUCGUCGCGGCGCAGGUGGGCGAGGAGGCCUUGGCCGCGAAGCCGUCGCUGGGCGGCCCGGAGCUGGCGCUGGACGGCGCGUCGCGGGUGCAGCCGGUCGUCUGCCUGUGCGAGGGCCCGGCUUCGGGCACCUUCGACGCGAUUUGCCAGGUGGCCGACCAGGACGUCGGCACCAAGGUCGUCCAGGUGACCCUGACCGGCGCCACGGCCUCCAGCGGAGCGCCCGCCGCGCUGAACGGCGCCCAGGUGGUGCUGGCGCCUUCCGUGGCGCUGGUCACCGAGAUCCUGGAGCACGCCGCCGACCUCGGGCAUUUCGUCGUGGUGCACCUGUCCCUCGACGGCCCCGGUGCCUGCGGGGGCGCACGGCAGGACGCGCGGGAUCCCCUGGAGUUGUUGGAGCGCAUCUUCUUCUUCUGCGCUGGCCUGAGCGAAAAUUUCUCGUCCGAGCCCUCCGCGCUGGCCAAAUUCGACGAGAAGUUCCGGCUCUUCGUGCUGGUCGACUACCGCGUACCCCGCUACCUGCCCCAAUGGCUCCUCGACUCCAGGGCGGUCGUCGUCUUCGACGGCCACUCUGGCGCGCGACUGCGGCCCUGGAUGCACGAAUGCGUGAGCGCGAUGCGGCCCAUGGCCGUGGACAACCAGCCGCUGAAGCACGCGCAGAGCGUGGCGAGCAAGCUCGGCAGCCAGCGAGGCAGCAAGCGCAGGUCGGUGCCCGGCCCGCUCCCCCCGGAGGCCGCGCAGGCGCGCCGCGGCGGCCGGCGCCGGGCGGGCACGCUGCGGCACGCGGGCGCGCUGGCCCUGCAGGCGCUGCCCGGCGCGGGCGCCACGGUGGCGCAGCUCUUCCGCGAGAGCCCCCUGCAGCUGGAGGGCCCCCUGCAGCGCGCCGCGGACAGCGCCAUCCUCUCCUCCCCGGGCCCAGGCACCCUGCGCCCGCUCGGCCUCGGCUCCACCGCCCUGCGGCUGCUGGUGCAGCUGGGGCUCGCCGCGCUGGCGGCGGGAGGGCCGCCCGGCGCCGGCUCCCUGCAGCUGCUGGUGGGCGCCCCCCCGGAGCUCAGCGCCGCGGACGGCAGGGCCGCGGACGAGCUGCUUUGCGCCCUGCUCGCGCGCAGCUGCAGGGGCCUCGAGGCGCUGCCCGCCCUCCGCCUGCCGGAGCUGCUGGAGGCGCUGUCGGCGCUCGUGCUGCGGCGCGGCGGCGGCGGUGCCGGCGGCGCCGGUGCAGACACAGGCCACCUCACGGCCUCGGCUGCGCUCGCGGCGCCGCCCGCGCUGUACUCGCUGCUGCAGGGCCUGCAGACUGCGCUGCACCAGAAGCCGGGCGAGCUCGGGGGCGGGGGCGCUGCGGGCGAUGGGGGAGCAGGAAGGCAGCUGACCACCACUGUGGCGCUGCUGCGGGGCCCCGCCGCGGCCAUGCCCGGCGUGGCUGAGGAGGGCAGGGUCGUUCUGAACAUCAGCGUCGCCACGGCGAAGAUGUCACUGGUCCAGCUCGCGAAUUUCGCCUUCUUGGAGUGCCGUGCCGCGCUUUCGCCUUACUUUGCGUUCUCCCUCGUGAUGGCCGAGGUGAUGUGA